AUGCCAUUCUGUCCAUCUGGAACAGACAAUCAAAGCGCCCCGGCAGCAAAGUCAACGUCCCUCCAAGAUCUUACCGUCAUCGAAGCCUGGGACAGCGAGACGAAUGCACCCAAAUAUGUCACUUUUUACCAUAUCACAGACGAAGCCGAGUUGGGAUUCGGCCAGAGCUCCAAGAACAAGAGGGAGCUGACUCUGGACGAGUAUUACAUCGAGCUCACCACUGCGCCGGACAGCAUGGAUUGCCCAGUGUACAUCAAGCGGCCCAGCCUCAAUUGCUACGAAACGAUGAAGGGUACGCCGUACGUACCGAGAGCUGUCCUUGAUGAGACUUUGAUACUGGAAAAGAUAUCCAAGACCCCGCACCCGAACAUUGUCAAGCACUACGUACGACUACACACUCUCUCUCAAUACAUCAAUCAGCCAGCUUUUCAGCACCUAGACAAGGCACGAUUUUUGGAAGCUCUGGUUUCGGCAGUGGCAUUCAUUCACUCACUGGGCCUCGCACACAACGAUAUCAACCCGGACAACAUCAUGAUCGGAGAGGACGGGCUACCUGUUCUUCUAGACUUCGGCUCAUGCGCGCCGUAUGGACAGAAGCUUCAGUCGUUGGGUACCAGAGGAUGGUACGAAAAGCUGUUCUUCACAUCCGAGAAGGAACACGAUGAUUUCGCUUUGAACAAGAUGAGGGUUUAG